CAUUUCGUACGAAGUUUACCGUCUUCCGUGGCUCUCGAUUAACGUGAAAACGUCGAAAAUGUUACGUCGGUGAUAUUUUUACGCACCGCAGUACACGAAAUUGUUAGGCAUUUGCAGUUAGCGGGCGUAACGCCACGGUGUGGGAGUGAGUAGCGGCGAUUAUCAGAAGAGCCGAGCUGUAGCUUGGCUGUGGCUUGUUUAGUGUAAUACAAAGAAUCAGCGGUGCUGACGGUGGUGUGGUAUGGAGGUGCAACUUAGCGUAAUGUCCGUAAUUUCGACGUUAUUUUCUUUGUGAACGUUAAAGAACGGAACAUGUGUGCUUAGUGACUUCGGGCUAGAUCUUAUGCUGACAGAGAGAGGGAAAGAUGGCGACCAGUCUAGCUGUACAAUUGAUCUGUCUAUUGGGACUAGUAGCUGCUAUGGACGUACAGCGGCUUGCCGUGCCUCAUGAUGUAUAUCCAGGCUAUGGUAUCACUAAAUUGCAUUCGGGAGGUCAGUACUUUAGUUUGGCGGACAACGACUUCUCUCCCUACUUCGCCCUAUUGAGUAACGGGAUUUUGAUGGCCACCACCAGUCUAGUCCACCUGGCCAACACUCCCAUCACUCUGGUGGUCAGAGAGGAAUAUCCCAACAUUACCACGGAACGAAUGAUUAUUUUGCACGUCGUAGAAAGGUCGAAGAUGUUAAAAUUCGAUCGGGAAGUGUAUAAUGGUGUAGUAAGUGAAAACCAGCCUGUUGGAACUGUAGUGGAAGAAGUAGAAAGAAUAAUCGCUUCGGGAGAUCAAAACCAUAAAAUUACUUAUAGUUUAAUAUCUGGAAACGAGGGGGAAAGAUUCGGAAUUCUGCAACCUCAGGCUAACGAUACGGGUGUCAUUUUAGUAACUAAAUCUGUCCUGGACAGGGAAGGUCAGUCCACUUACGAAUUGGUAUUGAGAGCUACCGACGUGAUAGCUGCAGAUAGUUCGGAAGCACUAAUUAGGAUAGAAGUAUUGGAUGUUAACGACAAUUCUCCCGUUCCCGAUAGCAAAUCGUAUCGCUUCAAAAUACCAGAUGAUGCCGAGUUGUAUAGUGUGGUAGGUAACAUCACCGCUAGUGAUGCCGAUGGAGAUAAGCCCGUUUACCAUUUCACGGCUCGUCAUCCGGUUUUUGCCAUAGUACCGAAAACGGGUCAAAUUCUUCUCAUAAGUUCACCUUUGCUGAAAACUUACAAAUUAUCAGUGAGGGCGGACGACGGACGAAAACCUCCGCGUUACAGUCCGGUAAUACCCGUGUUUGUCGAGGUAUUUAGCAACCAAUAUGACUUUGACAACGAUUUGGAUAGUACUAAUGAGGUUCUUGUGCGUGCUAGAAGAUCGGUGAGACCAACCAAGAGCUACGAAUAUAAGGAAACCGAUGGUAGUGUCACGGGAAGGGUUAUGUUUCAAUUAGACAAAAAGCACCCGCACGAAGUUUACAAAAUUGAAAAUCCCAACCAUUGGGUCGAAGUGGAGCCUUCGGGAGAAGUGAAAGUCAAGGAGCCCUGGGACUAUGAGCUACUUGGCAAAGAGAAAACCAUUGAUUUCUGGGUGUUUGUAACUGGGCCAAACGUGGAAGAUCCUGAGAGACAGCGUAUUAUAAUUCAUAUCAAGGAUGUCAACGAUGAACCUCCAUAUUUCAUCAACAGACCAUUACCAAUGCAGGCAGUUGUUCAACUUAAUGCACUGCCAGGAACGCCUGUAUUUAAGUUACAAGCAAGAGAUCCAGACACUGAUCACAAUAUACAUUAUUUUCUUGUACGAGAUAGAACUGGUGGAAGAUUUGAAGUUGAUGAGAGGUCAGGAGAAGUGCGCACACUUGGGAGUGAUCCUUUUAUGUUAGAUAAAGAAUAUGUUUUAUAUGUGAAAUCAGAAGAUCAUAAUGGUAUUACUAGUGAAAGAGGACACUAUCAGACUACUGGAGAAAAGCGAUUAUCAAUUAUGGGUGGAAAAAGACCUCCACAGUUUUAUAUGUCAAAAUAUGAAGCAACUAUUCCAGAAAAUCAAAAAAAAGAUUCUGACAUAAUUGAAGUCAAAGCCAAAUCCUUUGCAGACAGAGAGAUUAGAUAUACUCUAAGAGCACAAGGAAAAGGAGCUGGUACUUUUAACAUUGGACCAACAACUGGAGUAGUAAAACUUGCAAAGGAAUUAGAUUAUGAGGAUAUGCGACAACCUAAAUCAUACUCACUUAUUGUGACAGCAACAGAAGAUUCUGGAGGGUUUUCAACUUCCGUUGAAUUGACAAUCAAAGUAACUGAUGUUAAUGACAAUGCUCCCAGAUUUGAAUUACCUGAUUAUCAGGCUCAUAAUGUGGAUGAAGAUGUACCAAUUGGAACAUCUAUACUCCAAGUUUCUGCCAGUGAUAUGGAUCAAGGAAAAAAUGCUGAAAUUGAAUAUUCUGUAGACAAAGAUGAUUUUACUAUUGAUAAUAGGGGAAUUAUAUAUUCUAAUAAAAGACUGGAUGCAGAUAUCAAUAAUACAUAUGUAUUAACAGUGAGAGCUACUGAUCGAGGAGAUCCACCAUUAACUGGUACAGCAACUAUUCGAAUAUAUACUGAAAAUAAAAAUGACGAACCUCCUAAAUUUAGUCAAGAUGUUUAUACUCCAAAUGUGGAUGAAAAUGCUGGGCCAGAUACACUAGUGACUACAGUGGUAGCAAGUGAUAAAGAUGGUGAUAAUAUAUAUUUUGGAUUUGUUGGUGGGGGGACAGUUUCUGGAAUGUUUCAAAUAGAGGAAAGAACAGGUGUAAUACGUCUUAUCAAUGGUCCUAUCCAUUUGGAUAAAGAUAAAUAUGAAUUAAAUGUUACAGCUAGAGAUGAUGGUAGUUGUUGUAAAAAUGGUGCACAUACCACCCACACAAGCACAGCACUUGUAGUUGUAUUUAUAACAGAUGUUAAUGAUAAUAAACCAGUUUUUGAAGAAUGUGGAACAUAUGCACCACAAGUAGAAGAAGGUGCUCCCAGUGGUACUUCAGUAAUUAAAGUAAAAGCUACAGAUCAAGAUAAAGGUCAUAAUGGUCAAGUUAGGUAUUCAAUUGUCCAACAGCCAAAUCAAAAAGGAACUAAAUUCAUGAUUGAUGAAGUUACUGGGGAAAUCAGAACAAAUAAGGUAUUUGAUCGUGAAGGUGAUGAUGGUCGAUUUGUUAGUGUAACUGUUAAAGCAACAGAUCGAGGUAAUCCUCCAUUAGAAGGUGUGUGUUCCUUCAAAGUAGAAAUCACAGACAUCAAUGACAAUCCACCACUAUUUGACCGACAAGAAUACAGAGAAAAUGUGAAACAAGAUACUCCUAAAGGGACCAAUAUUCUUCGUGUUUCUGCUUCAGAUGAAGAUGCAGAUAAUAAUGGAGCUAUAAUUUAUAACCUUACAGCACCUUAUGAUCCAUCUGAUCUUGAAUACUUUGAAAUAAAUCCUGAUUCUGGUUGGGUUAGUUUGAAAAAAGCAUUAGAUAGAGCACAAUAUCAUUUGAGAGCAGUAGCUCUAGAUAAAGGAAUACCACAGCAUAGGGCAACUGUAGAAGUCAUUAUUGAUGUAGUAGAUCGAGCAAAUAAUCCACCAAUUUGGGAUCAACCAGUUUAUGGACCAAUUUUUAUCAAAGAACAUUUAGAAGUUGGCCAAAGAGUUAUAUCUAUUAAAGCCAGAUCUGGCAUUCCUGAUAAUCCAACAGUAUUUUAUACAUUGAUGAAAGGAAGCACAGAACAAACAAAUAAAAAGGAUACAUUUUAUUUAAGUCAGAGAUCAGAAAAUGGAGACACUUUGGCAGAUCUAUAUGUUAAUUAUCCAUUAGACUAUGAAAGAAUACAACAGUAUAAUCUUACUGUAAGAGUUGAGAAUAAUGGGAUUCAUCAAUUAGCAUCAGAAGCCACUGUAUAUAUUGUAUUGGAAGAUGUCAAUGAUGAGAUACCAUUGUUUAUUGAAAGAGAACAAGAAACAGUACUUGAAGGAAUGCCUCCUGGAACUAAAGUGACUCAAGUGCAAGCUGUAGACAAAGAUGGAACAUAUCCAAAUAAUAAAGUAUAUUAUUCAAUCGAAUCUAAAGAUCACGGUGAUAAAUAUUUCACAAUUGAUCGAGAGACGGGAGAGAUUUACACCAAAAUCGAAUUCGAUCGUGAGGAGAAGCAAGCUUAUGCAAUUCUAGUGAAAGCAGAGGACGGUGCACCUUCUGAUCGUCCUCAUAUGCGUCAAGGAGAACCUAACUCAGUGACAAAAUACAUCCGGAUAGGUAUCGGAGACAAGAACGACAACCCUCCUUACUUUGAUCAAACGAGAUACGAAGCCGAAGUUAAUGAAGAUGAAGAUAUUCAACAUACUGUUAUUACAGUAACGGCGAAGGACAAAGACGAAUCUUCAAGAAUUAGAUAUGAAAUCACUCAGGGAAAUAUAGGCGGAGCAUUUGCUGUAAAGAAUGAAACUGGUGCUAUAUAUGUUGCUGGUCCUUUGGAUUAUGAAACGAGAAAAGAGGUAAAUAAUAUGUAAGGUCGGAAAACGCGUCGGUUACUUUAUAUUAAGUGUGUUUAUAGCAAGUUAACUGUGGUUAUUUAUCGUUUAAAUCAGUAAUUCUGAACAAAAAUUAUACAGUAGAAGAUAAAAUUGUAAAUAAUAACCUGUAUACUUUUUAUUGUUGAGUUUUUAAUAGUAUAGUAAAAAUAAUGACUAUUAUACUUAACUUUUCCUGUUACUAUUUUAUUAAUGUAAUUAACAUUUUUUUUUUCCAAUUGGCAGUUGAGAAUCGCUAUUUUAGAUGAUCUCGUUAUAAGUAUAAAGUGUAUACAUAGACCUAAUUUUUGUAAAUAUUUUAUAUAAGUUCUAGAGUUUAUCGCGUGUUUUAUUUUAAUGCUUAACCUUAUCUAUUGACUUACAUACAAAAUUUUAACUGUAUUGAAUCACAUCUAGAAAACUUAUUGUGCCCAAGAGAAAGAUUGAAUCACUGCUGAAGUGAUUUGAUCAGAUGAGCUGGAAAAAUUUAUAGGAGAAUUUACUUGAUAGUCAUAUUUAUGUUUUGGAUCUAUUACUAGAAUGUUGUUUAGUAUAAUUUUUUUUUUUUUUUUGGUAAAAUCCAUUGGAAAUUUUUUCUAGUAUUUUUGCGAAUGGCUUAGUUAUUUCAGAAGUUGCUGAUUCGUGCAACACUUGUUCCGAAUCGAAAUUUCGACGUGUGGUGUCUUAAACAAUAUUGCCACUUCCCAAAUCCUUUGUAGUCUAUACUAGUUUCCUACUAGAAGAUCGAUAAAAUUCGUAAGAGACAGUCCAUUUUCGCGUUUUGCACACACAAAUGCCACCACCACUUUCUUUCCUAAUUUUAUAAAACGCUUUUUCUUUUUUGAUUUUACUGUAUUUUUCUUUUCUUUUUUCACUAUCGAGUUUCAGUUUUUAUUUUAAUCGUUAACCUAGUGCAAUAUUCUUGCAGUACCGAAUAUUUAUCUUAUAAAUAUUAAAUAUUGCGCGUUGAUUAUCACAAAAGACAUUAUUUUUGAAUAUCUGCUAUCUAAUAUAGUUUCUUUUCUUAGUAUAAUGAUCCAUAAUUUUUAAUAUAAUUAUUCGAUAGCUUUUAUUUAAUGAAAUGAUGUGUACUUACAGUACAGUACAUUCGCACAUAAACAACUAUAGCUCUGAUUUAUUUGACUGUUAAAGAAGACUGCAUUUUCUCACAUGAUCGAAAAAUUAAGACAAAUCAUCGGUUAGUUAAACGUCAGUGAUAAUGACGAUGUAAUUUAAAUUCGUCCAUUUGUCUUUCUGAAUCAUGGAGAGUAGAUGUUAAGUGAUGUAAAAUUUAUUUUAUUUUGUUUUAUCCUAAUACAGUGUUUAGAUUUAUACAAGUAAAAAUGCAGAAUAUAAUUAUCAAUUAAUUCGUGUUUGAAUACUUCUCAUUUCACACAAUAUUAUCUUUAAUUUAUUAAUAGUUCAAAAUUAUUCUAUUCUUGUUAUAUAUAUUUCUAUUUAUUUUAUUCAUAGUAAUUUGUACAGAAAUGCAGCUAAAGUACAGUAACUUAUUUAAUUGAUUACAAUUGUCUUGUAUAGUCAUGAUCUACUUAAGAGUUCAUUGAUUGCACAUAACCUUCAUUAUUUUUUAUCUAGACGUCGUAAAAACUACUAAUGGGAAAAUCAUCGGAUUUGUUUGAUUUCAGAUAAUCGUAAGUUCCAUAAUCAAUAAAGGCAAACGUUAAAAUGAUUUUUAAGAUGUCUUUUCGCACUUUAUGUAACCUGAUUCUUACCGAAAACUUCACAACCAAUGAACUUCUGGUAGCCUACUACUAUUUCGACUGCUUUAUUGGAUUCGAUUUUUUGCCGUUUUUCAGCUCACGUUGUCAAAGAACUUUAGCAUCCGUUCAUUCGGGUCACGAUAACUGAAGUUAAAAGAUCGAAUCGUGCUCAAAUUUUGGGUGAAGGUCAAAUAAUGAUUCUGAGAUUCUGAAUGAUGCUUACGCAAAAAUUAUUCUUGUGUUAUUUGGAAUGCACUUAUACAAGUUUAUAAUACAUAUUGAAA